GGAAUAUCCAAAAAGAAAGGUCGUUUUUGGAGACUAGCAUUUGUUAUUCACGAGUAUGUAAAGCCUAGUUGGAGCUUGCGCCGCGCCUUGCACCUUGUGUUGCGGUUCAGCUUCAGUGUUGUGUCCAUCGUAAAAUUUUCCUACUCACUGCAACUACAAGUUCAUGAUGAGCGGAAAAAUGGUUCAUCUUGUUCCUUUUUGUCGCUUGCUGGCACCACGGUGCUGCACGCUGCAUUUACUGUGGGCAUUCAGUAUCGCGACACUUGCGGGAGCAGACCCACGAACUUCUGCUGAGAUCCCCGAUGUUGAUACGAAUAAGGGGUCCCCGUCAAACCGUCCGGACAUCGCUCAUUUUUUAGACCAGCAGGGGGGUGAUAAUCAGGCUUCACCUCAAACUCAAUUAAGGCUGCAACUCAUUCCCUUUAUGUCUAAGUACUUCGUCGGACAUAGUUCAGUAUUUCCCCUCUUAGUUAACGUACACUUUCGAAUCGAUGUCUGAUGAAUGUCGUAGCACCGGUUCUUCUUAUUUAUUGGGUUUAUUCACCUUUCUAUCUGAAUGAAACCGGGAGGUCUGACCAUGUGGAACGAACCCUCGUCUAAGAGCUCAACGUCAAGCAGAGUUUGUGGUGGAGGAGACCAGGCGUCCAGAACCGACCCCGAGACGUCCUUUGAGUCCAAGUUUCAUCGACAAGUCAGCAGAUGACAGUUCUUUCAGCACGUCUAAUCCAGGAAAGAGUUCGAACAUUGCAAACAAAAAUGUAUGUUACGACUGGUUCAUAAAAAAGCUACGCUUUCUUAGCGAAGCAUUACGAAAUCAUGAAACUUUCUUAGUUGCGAUCGAUAAGAGCGUAAGAGCCAAGUUCUCGGUCUUGCUUUAUUGAAGGAAGGUCUUAGUUCCUAAUUCUGCCGACUCACUCUAAAGGAAGUUAUCGAGGAUGAUCCUUCUAAUGCCAGCUGCCUCUCGAUGCUACUCCAUCGUGCAAUAGCCGCUAUACAGCAACGGCUCCGCAUCAGUCAUGGCACGACUGUCAUAAGUGUUGCACAGAGUGGAUGCGCGAUGGCUCUCCUGGGAUCGAUAAGGGUGAAAGCUUCGAGGAAAUCAGGAGCAUCUCGAAUUCUUUGUUACGAAGGAUUCCUGCACUUAGUUAGAUGUUGUUCACCCAUGUAUGCAUUCAAAUGAUGGAAUGUCCAAUUCUUUACUGAGGCUUCCAAGUAUUCUCUUUUUUGAAAAAAUUAUACAUAGCAAGUCACGUAAUUUCAGCCCGAACGCAAGGGCAGCAACUGGUGAGAGAACGACGAGUCUCCUAUGAGUAGUCUUUCGCCGUCUAAGUUUUUUUUGAAAUAGUCUGUCUAUGAUCUCAUAAUAUCAAUCUUUCUAACUUUUCCGCCAAACGGAACGUACACAGGCCUCAUAGAUCGAGCAUACUUGAAGUGUGGGAAGGACCCGGAUCCGGCAAACCAGGCAGAUACUAAUAACUGUAUGAGCAUCCCUUUAGAUAAGCUGAAAUAAGGGUACAAGUAGCAAAAGCAUGUCUAGAUGACAGUGAGGACACACCUUUCGUCCUUCCUCUGAUCUGUUUGUAGAGACCAUCGUAGAUAGUAGUCAGAGUGUAAGGACUAACCGAGUGUCGUCUGGACAGUAUAAUUAAUGUGUGUCUGUGGUUGUAUUUGCGAUGCAAACCCAGGAGCCUAUUGCCUAACUUUUUAUUCACACAUAUUUCUCGGCUCUUAUCUCUUGCUUACCAGUCAUUCACACAUAAAAAAGCCAUUCUCAACAUGUCGGUGAAUGUUGGCUUGAUGGCCAUUUUCACUCUAAGAGCGAUUGCCAAGUAGCUGCACAACUACGUUGUUGCCCGGUUGCGGCGGAGGAGAAUGUGGUGGAUACGCGUUACGAAGACGGCCUUUAUCCAGGCUAUCGAUGGCAUCGUUGCAAAUGCAAUUCUGAAAAUCGCACCGAUAUUUUCGAAAACCGAACCGAUGUGUUAUGGCCUCUGUUGGUAGAGAAUAACCCACUUUUUUGUUCAGUGUUUAUAAGAGAGUUAGCUUGGUAGUAGAACCGAUUGUGUUCUUAGUAGAGAAGUGUUAUUCCCCAGUCUUUAGUUGGUAUCCAAUGAAUGGGUGUGGGGUUUGUUGAUGUAACAAGUCAACGAUUCUUCGUUUUAUUCAAUAAGCAAGUCUUGCUUACUAGGAUUACGAGUCAACUGUUCUUGGUUUUGGUUGUAUGUCUUAUGCCACGCAAGAUAAAGCAAAUUAAAAUUACGAAUCUAGUAUCAUUUAGAGAUUUUUACUAAUUAUAUUUAGUAUGAUCAUGAUCGACAAGAACGGGGGGUAACGUGACCACAAUGCACUAGAUGUGCAAUCGGUCCCAUAGCCAUACCCAUACACCGAUACUCGUGGACACGAAGAAUCCCUGCUUCACCAUCAUAUCCUUAAAUGAGAUGAAAUUCUGAAUCCCCUGCUUGCUUCACGUUUUUGCGAGUUCAACUCGACGGAUGCGCCUCCUGCGAUCAAUUCGAAUACGAAUCCCCAGGAUUUUUGGAUGGUGACUAACUGGCCUGAGGACAAGGAGUUCUUCGACCGCCAUCAUAUCGACGAUUUGGGACGCGCUUUUCACUAUUAAGGCAUCGCAUUUUUCUACAUGAGUGAUUCAUUGAGAAUGUCCCAUGAUAUCUGAGCGUAACAGCACUAACACUAUUUGGAUCACUCUUCCUCUUUUCUGUUGUAACAACUGUGUAAAUAUGUAAGUACAUGUUUUCUCAAAUGACUGCGUAAAUACAUUUUUUUAUCAAAAGAUUGAUGACAUGAAAAUCUAAUAAACCUACGACAAGGAACGAGGGCCGCGGUUGAGGCGGCAGCUAUCCCUACAGGAUCCUCGCCCUGACAGCUACUGUCCGGCACCAACCAAGGGGGCGCCCUGAUGAGAUUCAGAAACGCACCAACAAUUGCUAUUGCAUGGAAGUCCACUCCGAGAUUUGAAAGAGUCUGAAAGAGUCGUACAACUUGAUAUAAAACGGCCAUUUGGGCUGUCCGACCACACAUUUCCAAGAAUGCUACAACUUGAUGUUCAAACGGUCAUUUGGGCGAGGUUGAGCGGUAUCAAGAUGGGAGAUUGUCGUCAUGGAAAGGCAUUGACAGCAUGAACAUGACGCCUGUUUUUUGCAUGCAUGCAACACAUUAUUGAUUAUACACUAAUAAUUGCUACAUAGAUAUUAUUUGGACGGCGCCAGACAUGUGGAGCUUAUAUUAUAAUGAGUACGUCGCAGGCACCAGGUGGAUCGGAC